GCGAUCGACCUCUUCCACCCCGCGCAGCACCUCGACGACGAUGCUGCCAUCGCGAAGCGAGGCCUCCCCGCACUCCGCCGUCGUGGAGCCCUGGCUGCGACAGGGCGGCGGGUGCGCGGGGCGCCGCAGCCCGCGCAGCACGGCCAGCCCGCAGCCGCACGGCCGCCGCGACGAGAUCGCGGCCGUGUGCGGCGACGCGGUGUCGCGGAUCGACGAGCUGAGCGAGGUGACCCAGCGGCUCCUGGAGGAGCUCGGGCUCGGCGGGCCCGCGGGGACGCCCGCCCUGCGCGGCGGCAGCGGGCGGCGGGGCCUCGACGGCACCCCCGCCGCGGCACCCGCCUGCCGGCGGCAGGAAGCCCCAUGCUCGCUCGACCUCUGGACCGGCCAGGCCGGACGCUCUUGGCAGGAGCUGCUCGGGGCCGCGCCGCAGAAUUUGCGGCCGUCCGAGCACGCACUGCACGGCCACAUUCAGGGCACCGUCGACGCACCUUUCUGCCGAGCUGGGGGCAGCCCACGAGCGCGGCAGGAUCUGCUCGACGUCUGA